AUGCCCACCUAUACAGAGCUCCUGGAAUUUCUGGAGAAGCGGGCUAACUGCUGCGUGAUAAAACAGAAGAUUCCCAUAAAACAAUCUGGAUCCGACAGAACACGGCCUCCGCGACAAAGUACAUUCGUGACCAAAACCGCAGUGCCCGGUCUGCGAGGACACACACGGAGUCUGGGCAUGUCAAAGGUUCAGAGACAAGGGGGUCUCUCAUCGCAUCACCAUCUAACUGCUUGCGCGAUAGUCACACAAUCGAGCAGUGUCAAUCAGGGUAGGGCCGAGUUUGCCACCGACGACAUCACACGCUGCUACACAUGCCCGGAGAAGCAACAGUAA